AUAAACCCCAUUUCCAUAUAAAACUAGUCCUGUUAAUCAGUGGAGUCUCUCUCUCUCAUUAACGUCCCAGCGAGAGAAAAAAAAACAUGGAAAAGGAAAGCUCCGAGAGUAGAAACAAAGCUCGUCUCGCCAUCAUGGAGCUCGCUAACAUGAUAAGCGUCCCAAUGUCACUCAACGCCGCCGUGAGACUAGGCAUCGCCGACGCUAUCUGGAACUCCGGAGCCAACUCUCCUCUCUCCGCCUCCGAGAUCCUCCCUAACCUCCUCCUCCCAUCAGGAGAUCCCGAGAAUCUCCAACGUAUACUUCGUAUGCUCACAAGCUACGGCGUCUUCACCGAACACCUAAACGACGUCGCAGCUGGAUCCGUAGAGAGGAAAUACUCUCUCACCGACGUAGGAAAAACACUUGUCACCGACUCAAACGGUCUCUCCUACGCCGCUUACGUCCUCCAACACCAUCAGGAGGCGAUGAUGCGAGCGUGGCCGCUCGUUCACACGGCGGUGGUGGAGCCGGAGACGGAGCCGUACGUUAAAGCAAACGGAGAGGCGGCGUACGUGCAGUAUGGAAAAUGCGAGGAGAUGAACGGUCUCAUGCAGAAGGCGAUGUCGGGCGUAUCGGUGCCGUUCAUGAAAGCUAUAUUGGACGGCUACGAUGGGUUUAAGUCAGUGGAGCGUUUAGUUGACGUGGGCGGGAGCGCAGGAGAUUGUCUACGUAUGAUCGUUGAGCAGUUUCCUAAUGUCCGUGAAGGGAUUAACUUUGAUUUGCCUGAAGUUGUUGCCAAAGCCCCCAAGAUUCCUGGAGUGAUUCACAUGGGUGGAGAUAUGUUCCAGUCAGUUCCUAGCGGUGACGCAAUCUUCAUGAAGUGGGUACUAACGACAUGGACGGAUCAAGAAUGCAAGCAGAUAAUGAAAAAUUGCUACAAUGCUUUACCCGUUGGAGGAAAGCUAAUCGCUUGUGAGCCAGUCUUGCCUAAGGAAACUGAUGAUAGCCACAGAACCCGUGCCUUGCUAGAAAGUGACAUCUUUGUCAUGACAAUCUAUAGGACCAAAGGUAAGCAUAGAACCGAAGAAGAGUUUAAAGAGCUUGGUCUCUCUGCUGGAUUCUCUUCUUUCCGACCUUUCUACAUUGAUUACUUCUACACCAUCCUCGAGUUUCAGAAGUAAUGUCAAGUAUUUAUCUUCUUACAUUUCAAAAACAUAUAAUUAUCAUAUUCCUCUUUGUUAAUCUCUAAUGAAUAAAUUUUCAUCAAUAUGUAUGCUUCUUACAUUUCUAGAAGCUUUGAAAUUAUCAUAGAACUCUUAUCUCUAAUGAAAACAUUUUCGUACAUACAAUAUGUAUGGCUGUAUGCCAACUUACAUUUUUAAAAGCUUCAUAAUUAUCAUAUAAAGUAGCAUUUUCAUAAUGCUAAAAUGACAUUUUUUUACCUUAUUUUAAACGAGUUUAACAUUGUCUUUUACAUAAUUAGCUUAUAGUACCUUAGAGUUUUCUAUUCGAGACUCACUUUCUCCAAGACAUCUUGGAUCAACAAUGAAACGUUUGCACUCGAAGAUCCUUUCAACUCCACAGCCUCUCUCGCCAUUACAGAAAGUUCUUGAAUACGUUUCAUUCGUCUCAAGAAUUCACCAUCUUCAUCUUCGUCCAUCAAAAGCUUUAUAGCUUUCACAACACUAUGUUUCUUGACCGACGCUCCAACUCUUUCCUCUUCUCCCCAUCUCACAGGAAUCUCCACGCCAACCCUAAUCCCAACCUUCAACACCUCCACCACGAGUUUCUCAUUGAGAAACUGUUCAGCGAACAUAGGCCAUGUGAUCAUUGGUACACCCAAAGACACCCCUUCGAUCGUCGAGUUCCAACCACAAUGAGUCAAGAACCCUCCGGUCGAGCCAUGUGAGAGUAUCAUAGCCUGAGGACUCCAACCCUUUAUCACUAUCCCUCUACCUUUAACUCUCUCUUCAAACAUUUCAAUUUUUAGCCAUUCAUUUAGCGCAUUCAUGUGUUUUUCCUCGGUUUUGAUCACCCAAAUAAAGGGCUUUCCAGAUUCUUCUAACCCUAACCCUAGUUCUAUCAACUGAUUAGGUAUAAGUUUACAAAGGCUACCUAGACAAGCAUAUAAGACAGACUUUGGUCUCAUGGAAUCUAGAAACUUCAAGCAUGCGGUCUCACUAAUCGCCAUGUUACAAUUGUUUCCUCUAUCAAAUAAGUCCACCAUACGAUCAUUGCAUAAAGAAACGGGUCCAACGAACCAUACCUUCUUCUUGAUGGCCUCAGCGUAGGCCUCAGAAUAGCCAGGUUCCAAUUCUUGGAAGCUAUUAACAAUAACUCCAAAGGCUUCUGCUACAGAUUCACGCACCUUCUCGCGGCGAACGUCAUCCCUAUUUGCUUGUUUCCUAAACGCACCAGAUAACUGAGAUCUAGCUAUCUCGACCUUAUGUGGCAUUGCUGGUAUUGUAAAAGGCUCCGAGUCUGAAGAAACAGAUAGGUGCGGGCUAUGAAGAUGGAGGUUGUGGGAGCUUAAAAGAGUGAAACAACACAUUCCGUGGAACAAAAUCCAUGGGAUGUUGAACCUUUUCGCGGCUUUGGACGUCCAGAAAAGGCUUUUGUCGGAGAUUAUGCAACUUGGAGGGGCUUCUUGUUCCUCAAGAAACCUUUCUAUGGGCUUCUGGAGUUUUUCCACAGCGUCAUAGAAUUUGCGUAAGAGGUCUUUGGAGGGCAAAGUGUCGAGAGUCUCACAAUUUUCAGGAAGACCAAAUUCUUUGUAGGCAAUUGGGAAUGUCACCACGUUGAUUUGGAGACCUGACUCUGAUCUCGCACGUUCAACUGUCUUUGCAAUUCUUGAAGCAUUUUGAGGGGUUGAAAUUAGGGUAGCGAUGUUGCCUUGUCGCGCAAGAAUCUUGGAAAUAUCAACCAUGGGGAUUAGAUGCCCUUGAGCCAUGAGAGGGAUCAAGAUAAAGUGAAGUCUUUUGGCUUUUGAAACCAUUUUAGUUUCCAUUCUUCUUUUGAGUUAUCAAAUGUUUAAGGAGGAAG